CCCCCGACCUCGCCGAGGCAGCUCAGGGAGGGACAAGCCGCGGCCACGGGGCUGGGCACUGUCCCCUCUGCCCCCCCUGGGGGUGGCCCCGGCCACGCGGGGCUGGGAGAGCCCAGGACGCUGAGGGACAGCGAGGUGUGGGGACAGAGGGGUGACCCCCCCACGCCGGGGGGUGCCCGGGGAAGGACAGACUGCCGCAGCUGCUGGAUGGCGGCGUUCCGGCUCUUCAAGUACGGGAUGCAGCUCUACCGCAACUACCAGCAAGCACAGGCACGGCUGAGCCAACCCCCCUGGAUCGGCCCCACUCCCCUGAGAAGCGUCUCUGACAACGCCCUGGUGGCCAUGGACUUCUCGGGGUGCACGGGCCGGGUGAUCGAGAACCCCAGCGAGGUGCUGACGGCGGCCCUGGAGGAGGCUCAGGCCUGGAGGAAGAAGACGACGCACCGGUACAGCCUGCCCGCCGCCUGCCACAGCUCCCCGCUCAGCGCCGCCAUCCACCGCACCCAGCCCUGGUUCCACGGGCGCAUCUCCCGCGAGGACACCCAGCAGCUCAUCGGCCGCCAGGGCCUGGUGGACGGCGUCUUCCUGGUGCGGGAGAGCCAACGGAACCCCAAGGGCUUCGUGCUGUCCCUGUGCCACCUGCAGCGCAUCAAACACUACCUCAUCCUGCCCAGUGAGGAGGAGGGUCGGCUCUACUUCACCAUGGACGACGGGCAGACGCGCUUCGCCGACCUCAUCCAGCUCGUGGAGUUCCACCAGAUCAACCGGGGCAUCCUGCCCUGCAAACUGCGCCACUACUGCACCUGCGUGGCCCUCUGAGCCCCGGGGCACCCUCGCUUUGGCACAGCCCGGCACUGCCGGCGCGGUUUGGCACCGCCUCGCUGCCGAUCUGGCACGGCUUGGCACAGCCCAGCGCCACCGGCGU